AUGUCCACCCUAACAAUAGGCACGCACAACGGGCACUUCCACGCCGACGAAGCGCUCGCCGUCUACCUCCUCCGCCUGCUCCCUCAAUACGCCCAAACAGCGCUCAUCCGCACGCGCGACCCGGCGCAACUCGCAACCUGCGACGUCGUAGUGGACGUCGGGGGCGUGCACUCGCACGAGCAGUCGCGGUACGAUCACCACCAGCGGGAGUUUGCCGCCGUGUUUCCGGGGAGUGCGACGAAGUUGAGUUCUGCGGGGCUCGUGUGGUUGCAUCAUGGGCGGGGGAUUGUUUCUUCUGUCACGGGGUUGGAGGUGGGGAGUGCGGAUUGUGAAAUGCUUUGGCGCAAGCUUUACGAUGACUUCAUUGAGGCGUUCGAUGCUAAUGACAAUGGCAUUUCGGCGUACGAUUCUAAGGCGCUGAAGGCCGCGGGCAUUGAGAAGCGGUUCGCGGAUAAGGGGUUUUCGAUUGCGAGUGUGGUUAACAGGUUCAACCACGCGCCCGUCGUGAAUGGUGCGACGGAGAAUGGCAAUGCGGCGAAAGAAGAGGACGCCCGCUUCUUGCGCGCCUCUGCCUUUGUCGGCGAACAAUUCUCGCUCGAGCUCAACGAUCGAUUCACCUCCUGGCUCCCAGCGCGCGCCCUCGUCAAACAAGCCUUCACCUCUCGCCAGAAAUACGACGCUAAAGGCCGCAUUCUCGUGGUUCCGCAAACGCCCGACGGCGGCGCACCCUGGGCAGACCACCUCUACACUCUAGAGAAGGAGAACGGAUGCGAAGGACAAGUGCUGUACGUGUUGUUCGCGGAGAACGGCGAGCCCGACAGCAAGUGGAGGAUUCGAGCGGUCAGCGUGGGGCCGGAGAGUUUUGAGAACCGCAAGUCGCUGCCGGAGGCGUGGCGGGGUGUGCGCGAUGAGGAGCUGGCGGGCGUGGCGGGCAUUCCGGGGUGCGUGUUUGUGCAUGCCUCGGGGUUUAUUGGGGGCAAUGUGACGUUUGAGGGAGCGUUGGAGAUGGCGAAGAAGGCGGUGGAGGUGUGA